CACGAUAAAUGGAUCCAUCAGUUCCCUUCGGCUUCCUCUCCACAUCCAAAAACCAACAAUAUUUUCCCAAUCCCAGUCUUCCACAACAAGAAACCUCCAAUCUUCCAAAUCCCAUAAUCCAACCAAUUCCAGAUGAUUCUAAUUCAAAUGCUUUGAAUGAACUCCCGGAAAUUGAAAGAAGAGCAAAGAGGUAUCAAGCAGAUACAGAAGAGACUGGAGAUGGACCAGACAUCUUGUGUGUUCACCCUGGAGGGAGAAAAAUAGAAACAAAUAAUUCCCAUUCUCCACUCCUCAGAAAAUCUCAAGAGAGUCAUUUGAACCAUGCAGAUAGAAAUGAAAUCUACAAGAGGAUAAUAAACGGAGAGGUAUUGGUUUGAGAGAUAGAAAGCCUGGAAAAUAAAAAUACACAAAAAAGAGAUACCCAAAAUAUAUACAACAGAAGGAAUUACAAGGAACAUGUUUGUAAAUCAGAAAUUAGACGAUGUAAACCGAAGAAGAAUAAUAGAGUAAUUACUACGAAACCCGUAAAUUCAAAAACAAUUCAAAAGCAUAAAGAAGUAUCCAGUCCAAAUUACUUAGCCAGAAUGAUUCAUAACCAAACAAACUCCGCUAGUAAAACUUCCACUCCGGUCAGCAAAACCCAAAGUACCUCAUUUAAAACACAAAUCUACAACUCAUGUGAUAAAAACUCCCAAAUCACUCCAUCUCUUCAUCCAAACCUAUCCCAGUACCAAAAACAUCUCCCCCACACCUCCAUCCUCACAGACCCUCUCUCCAACAACCAAUCUCCCCACUCUCACUCCCUCAAGUCUUCCCUCCCAGUCUUAAACCCUCCACCCGGCCACCUCCAGACAGCCCCUUCCCCUGCCUCCCAAUCAGCUUCAAAACCCAUUAUUCCCAAAAAGAAACGACUGAAGAGAGAAAUCUCUUCAGGGCUUCAGCCUGGCAAAUUCCAGAAGGAAUUUGCCAGACUGAAGCAGAAGGGAGAUCUCAAGUUCUUGCCGAAGCUUUUGGUCGAUACUCCUUUCUGAGCUGAGAGAGUCAAGUUCAAAGACAGGUAUAACGAAACUGAUCCCAAGUGGGCACAUAGGUUUGUGACUAAAGAGGACUUUUUGAGGAGAGAAGAAAGAAAAAUAGCGGAUAAGAUACUGAGAAAUGCCAAAAUUGUGUAUGAUUAUGUCGAGAAAUCCCCAUUUUAUAAGGAGCUAAGUCAGAAGUAUAUUGAUGAAAAGUUGCUUAUCCAGAGUAAUAAUAAAGAUAAUAGUAUGAAUAAAGCAAGGCUGAAGAUGAGAAGUAUUAAAAGAAAUGCUCUUAGCACAGGCUUCCCUAGUCUUGACAAUAUUUAUACAAGUCUCAAUCCUUAUUAUGUUCUUCAGGGCGAAGAAGAUUCUACUCUAGUGUUUGAGAGUCGAUUUGAGUCAGGAAAUUUACGAAAAGUUGCUCAAUUAAGCGAAUUUGAAUAUGAACUUUAUCUAAGAAAUGAUUAUAACUCCCAGAACUACACUCAAUGGUAUUUUUUCAAAUGAACAAACAUUAAAGCAGGGGUUAAGUAUACUUUCCAUCUAAAGAAUUUUCAAAAGCCAGAUUCUCUCUACAACCAAGGAAUGAAACCUCUGGUCUAUUCUACCAAAAAGGUAGAAGAAGAUGGUAUAGGUUGGUACAGAGGUGGAGAGAAUAUAUGAUAUUACCAGAAUAGCACAAAGAAGAGCUCCUCUGGCUACAUGUUUUCACUCUCAUUUGAAAUAGAAUUUCCUUUCGAUAAUGAUGAGGUUUACCUGUGCCAUUCCUUCCCAUUUACAUACAGAGACUGCAAAGAACACCUUGAAGCCAUCUGUGUUGAUAAUGAAGGACUUGGAAGGGUAAAUAUGAAAUCGAAGAUUAGGAAAACCGAGAUGUGCAAGUCCCUUGCUGGUAACAGCCUGGACUUGGUCAUUAUCACAAACUUCAACUCCUCAGAGCUUGAUAUUUCCAAAAGAAAAGCUAUUAUAAUCACAGGUCGAGUGCAUCCAGGAGAGUCAAACUCUAGCUUUGUGGUGCAAGGCAUCCUGGACUACCUUGUUAGCGAUAACGAAGCCGCUAAACAAUUAAGAAAUAAGUACGUAUUCAAGAUAAUCCCAAUGCUAAAUCCAGAUGGAGUGAUUCUUGGAAACUACAGGUGCUCUCUCAGUGGGCAGGACCUCAACCGUCAAUGGAUAGGCCCGACUUCAAGGAUGUUCCCUGAAAUUUACAAUACUAAACUGAUGUUCAAGAAGACCCUGGAAAGUAGACAAAUCUUCUUAUACAUUGACUGUCAUGGCCAUUCUAGAAAAUAAGAAUAUCUUCAUGUAUGGGUGAAAAUCUAACGACCAAACUGACAAAACAAUGAAGGUUUUCCCAUAUAUGAUGUCAGAAAGCAACGGAUCAUUCUCCUUCGAUGACUGUAAUUUCAACGUCCAAAAGGACCGAGAAUCAACCGGAAGAGUCGUCGUUAACCGUGAAUACAGCGUGAAAAAUAGUUUUACCCUAGAGGCUUCUUUCUUCGGCCCAGAUAUAGGCAAAUACAAAGGAUGUCAUUUCACUCCAGCUCAUCUUCGUAAUGUCGGAAAGUCCUUCUGAAUAGCUCUCAACGAGUCUAGCACAGCAGAUGUUGUAGACAGUGUGCUUGAAACUCUUAAUAAAAAGAAGACCAAGAAAAAUCUUGAAUAG